CAACUCCCGUCGUGCCCCGCGUGCGCCCGCCCUGACUGCGGCACCGGGGACUGAGGUGGGCACCGGGUACCGACCGCAGCUCCCCCCGCCCGGACCCCCGUCCGGCCCCGGCACCGAUCCCGGGGAGCGGCGAGAUGGGCGGGGAGGACGAGAUCGUGCGCAUUGCCAGGCGCCUGGACAAGAUGGUGGCCAAGAAGAACGCGGAAGGUGCGAUGGAUUUACUGAAAGAACUGAAAAGUAUGCCUAUGACUUUGGAUUUACUGCAGUCCACCCGCAUUGGGAUGUCGGUGAACGCGCUGAGGAAGCAGAGCACAGAUGAAGAAGUGAUAUCACUUGCCAAAUCCCUCAUCAAAUCUUGGAAGAAACUUCUAGAUGCUUCUGAGGAAAAAAAUGAGGACAAAAAGAAAAGCCUGUCUUUGCCAACAUCUUCCUCCAGGGAGACUGGUAACUCAAGAGACCAAAGCUCCACCAAAAGGCAGGAGCCUCCAAAGACUCCGACCACCCCCAAAAUCACCACCUUCCCUCCGGCCCCCGUCACGUGUGACGCUGUGCGCAACAAAUGCAGGGAGAUGCUGACGGCAGCUCUGCAGGCUGAUGACGACUACAUCACCAUCGGUGCUGACUGCGAGCACAUAGCAGCCCAGAUUGAAGAGUGCAUCUACCAGGAUGUCAAGAACACCGACAUGAAAUACAAAAACCGCGUGAGGAGCCGCAUCUCCAACCUGAAGGACUCCAAAAAUCCCGAGCUGAAAAAGAACGUGCUGUGUGGGGCCAUCACCCCUGAGCAGAUUGCUGUGAUGACCUCGGAGGAAAUGGCCAGUAAUGAGCUGAAAGAGAUCAGGAAAGCCAUGACAAAAGAAGCAAUCCGGGAGCAUCAGAUGGCCAAGACAGGAGGGACACAGACUGACCUCUUCACCUGUGGGAAAUGCAAGAAGAAGAACUGCACCUACACCCAGGUGCAGACCCGCAGCUCCGAUGAGCCCAUGACCACCUUCGUCGUGUGCAAUGAGUGUGGGAAUCGCUGGAAGGUAGCACACCAGGGCUGUUACUGGCACUGAGGGGUGGUGGGGGCUGUUCCCAGCAUGCUGCAGGCACUUGGCUGCUCCUCAGAGGUGCUUGCCAAGCCCUCACUGGCUCUAGAGACUGAUCUUCCCUCUCAGCACAGAGGCAAGAGCUCCUGGGUUCAUCCCUGCAGACCAGCUGGGGUCAAGUCUCAUUUCCACAUUCCCUGCUCUCUUCUCAUGUCCCUUCUUCCACAACCAGCUUCACUGUGCUUUCCAUGCUGCCUCUGAGGGUAGUGGUGAUGAUGUUCAGGAUUUCAGAGUGGCUCUUUCAUGCUGUGCACAGAGCUCAGGGGUGAGCAGAAAUCUGGUCAGUGGCGAGCAGAAAUGAUGCCACUACAAAGUGCCAAA